UCAAGAAAGGGCAUUGUAUUUGUAGAUUCAAAAAUCCCUCACUCUCUCUUGUGAUAUGCCAGCAUUUUCGUCUUCCAUUUUCAUUCAUCUAUAGCAGUCAGCAAAUUUCUGUAAUCUUAACCUACGCACACACUGCGCAGGAUAUGGAGGCGCCUUCUUUUGUCUCCAAAGCAAGGACCGCCUUACAUUCUGCUGCUGCUAAAGCGGAGCGAGUUUUCACCGAUAUUAAAUCUGACUUUAUAUCCGAUCGAGCAGUUUCGGAGAAGCAAUCGCCGAAGGAAUCGAGGAAGCAAUUAGAAGAUGAGUCUUUCAAGAAUGACGAGGAGUCAAAGAGUAAUAAUGAAGGGAAGCAUUUGAGGUGGAGACCUGCACAUAUUGGGACAAAGCAGGAGUGGCAGGAUAGGCUCAAGAACAUAAGAAUUGGAAAGAAGGGAGCUGAAAAUAAUACAGAAAAAGUUGAAAAUCCAAACAUGGCUGUUCCAUUUUAUGAUGAAAACUUGUACAUACUGAACAUGAAAAAUGAUGUUGAGGCAAAGGGUUCACAAGUGUCUGUCAUAGUAGAAAGAUUAAAUUCUACCGACCCAGAUAGCAUUCCUUCAACAUCUGUCAUGAAGCAGUUGGCUGUAGCUAUUGAUGCUGGGAAGAAGCACAAGUCAAUGAAAGAUAUUUUGGCAUCAUCUGGAGCCUCUUCACCUAUCAUGGAGAGGGCAAGCUUGAGCCUUGCUGCAGUGAAGUCAUUAGUUCUUCGUGAUAAGGAGGAUAAGCUUGCAUCUGAGUUUGGUGGUGAUGAGGAGAAGGUUUUUUCCUUGAUACGUUCACUUUUUGAUGUAGAGGGAAAGUUUCUCAGAAGGAAUAUCAGCUUUGGUUUGGAAGCAUUAUCUUUGCCUAGAGAUAUUCAUGGUGCUCCUCCUGAGAGCUUGCUUGUCAAGCUAUCUGAAGUAAUUGGAAGCUUUAAAACCCUGAGGAAAAUGGCAUUUCUAUGGUGCAAAAUUGUGGCUGAAAUGAGAAGACUCUGGUCUGAAGAACUACAUUUACCUGGCAUCCCUUUGGAUGAUCUUCCAGAUCUAAAUUCAUGUCUUUUAUACCAGAAACUUCAAGUUAUCAAUUGCUGUGUUUCAAGGAAAAGGCGUCACAUUAUUGCCACUGAAUCACUAGAAUUGGUAAUGAGGGAUGCCGGUUCAUGUACUGAACAGUCAGCUAUUUCUAACGAGGCCAUAAGUUCAAGCGUUAUCUUGUAUGCUAGAUUAAGCAAUGGCGAAAAUGUCCUUCGGUUGGGCGCUGAUCAGCCAGCUGAAAAUUUAACCAUGUUGGAAACUGGUGAACCAAUAUACUCACCAAUAACACAGGAAGGGCCUUUGCUUACUGAAGAUCUUAUCAAAGAAAAUGAGGAGUUUGUGCUUCGAACUGGGAGUGUUGGUGCUGGGUGUUCUCAACUCCUCUCUGACAUGCAGGCCUUCAAGGCCGCAAAUCCUGGUUGUAUCUUGGAGGAUUUUGUAAGAUGGCACUCUCCUCCAGAUUGGACAGAUAAUCUUGAUGAGGCUAAUGAGUUUUUCGAGGGAGGUGAUGCAUCUUCUACAAAGGGUCAACUAAGUAGUCGAAUGCAAAAAGAAGGUAACUUGUGGCGUGAACUUUGGGAAACAGCCAAAGCAGUACCAGCUAUUAAACAGGCUCCCCUGUUUGAUGAGGAUUUGGCAGUGGAGGGUAUUCUGCACGAUUUAGAGGAACUCUCACCUUCCGAGUUGUUUGAGCAGCUGUUUAUUUCUUUGCUUGGAUUAGGAUUUGUAAUGGCUGAGUCUAAACUCUCCAGCAACAAUGAUCUGUCAGAGCUGUUUAACAAGUGCAAAGACUACAUUGUUUUCUCUUUUCAAGGAAGCAGCUGGAGUGAGAAAGUUGAUGAUCUCUGUCAGGUGUAUGAAACAAUGGAGAAAAUACUGCUCAAUCCUGAGGAAGUCCUAAAGGCAGUAAACCAGACGGAAGGAACCACCGCUGUCACUGCAGGUGAACCCAAAAGUAGGUUUAAGAAGCUUGGCCUGAACUUUGGCAGCAAGGAUAGAAACCUGAGAAAACAGUCAUUUAAAGAUACGAAUUCAGAGAUUUCACCUCGUCAACCAUUCUCUAAUUUCUUUGAUGGCAAAUCAUCUUUGUUUUCUAAGAAGCCUCCUAAGCCUGAGAGUGCAUCCGCGAGUGACACAAGUUCUAGUAGUCCAGAUGAAAAUGAGUGGACAAUUGUUAACCCGUAAUACAUUUUGACCUCCCUUUUUUUUUGGCCUAAGCUGUAUCUUGCUUGAAAUUGUAAAUUAUUUUGGAAACUUUAUUUCCCUAUGUCCAUAAGUAAUGGAGAAAUGAAAUAUAGAGUUUUUUCUUCAUGAA